CCUACUGUAUACAAUAUUCAGCCGUCAGCGGAGCGGAAUGAGCCAAGAACAACACAGCAAUGCCACGGAAAUGCAGAUUUAUCUGGUCGUCACGUCACGUUUACCAGCCUCACAUAUAUAACAUGCUUCUUGUGCAUAUUGUGAUCAUAUCCAUUCCCCGGAGUAGCUCAGUACCUAGCGAAUAUCGAUCACCAUGGGAUUUGUGUACCGGAUCGCGAGCCCGUCUGAGUACCUAGCGAUCACCGGGUACAACAUCAUUGACGUGAAGCUCGCGAAGAAGGCCUGGAUCGCGCCGGGCCAGCGAUGCGCGCGCUUCGACAUCUCCCCGGUGAACUACACCUUCGAGGUGCAGGCCAUGAGUGCCGAGAAGCUCCCUUUCGUCCUCCCCGCCGUCUUCACCAUCGGCCCACGCGCCGACGACAACGAGUGCCUGCUCCGCUACGCCAAGCUCAUCUCCCCGCACGACAAGCUCUCGCACCACGUGAACGAGCUGGUCAAGGGCGUGAUCGAGGGCGAGACCCGCGUGCUGGCGGCGUCCAUGACCAUGGAGCAGAUCUUCCACGGCGCCAAGUCGUUCAAGCAGGCCGUGUUCGAGAGCGUGCAGCUGGAGCUGGACCAGUUCGGGCUCAUCAUCUACAACGCCAACGUGAAGCAGCUGGUGGACGUGCCGGGGCACGAGUACUUCUCCUACCUCGGCCAGAAGACGCAGCAGGAGGCUGUGAACCAGGCCAAGGUGGACGUGGCGGAGGCGCGGAUGAAGGGGGAGGUUGGCGCCAAAGUGCGGGAGGGGAUGACGCGGCAGAACGCGGCCAAGGUGGACGCCGAGACCAAGGUCUACACGGUGAAGCGGCAGGGAGAAGGGUCCAAGGAGGAGGCCAGGGUGCAGUCUGAGGUGCAGGUGUUCCGGAACGAGAGGGAGGCGGAGGUGGCGGAGGCCAAUGCCGAGCUGGCGAUGAAGAAGGCCGGGUGGGAGCGGCAGGCGAGGGUGGCCGAGGUGGAGGCGGCAAAGGCCGUCGCCAUACGCGACGCGCAGCUGCAGGUGGAGGUGGAGCGCACCAACGCCGAAAGGCAGACGGAGAAGCUCAAGGCGGAGCACCUCAGCAAGGCCGUCGUCGACUACGAGAUGAAGGUGCAGCAGGCGAACUGGGAGCUGUACAACCGUCAGAAGGCCGCGGAGGCGCUGCUGUUCGAGCAGGAGAAGCAGGCGGAGGCGCGACGCGCUGUGGCGGACGCCGACUUCUUUGCGCGGCAGAGGGAGGCCGAGGCGGAGCUGUACGCCAAGCAGAAGGAGGCCGAGGGGCUGGCCGCCAUGGGCGAGGCCCAGAGCGUCUAUCUGUCGUCCAUGCUUGGCGCGCUCGGCGGCAACUACGGCGCGCUCCGUGACUACCUCAUGGUCAGCAAAGGCGUGUACCAGGAGAUGGCACGCAUCAACGCCGACGCAAUCAGGGGGCUCGAGCCCAAGAUCAGCGUGUGGAGCAACGGCGCGGCUGCUGGCGAGGGUGACGGCGGCGCGAUGAAGGAGAUGGCCGGGGUGUACAGGAUGCUGCCGCCGCUGCUGACCACGGUGAACGAGCAGACUGGCAUGCUACCGCCGGCGUGGAUGGGCACUCUCAGUGGCGGCACCUCGACGUCCCGCUGAGCUUGCGGUUAAGCUGCUCUUAUUCAUCAGGUGCCUCAUUGUGUAAAAAUAUAAAUACAUACGAGUAUAAUAAAUGAACGUCCUUAUGUA